CCGGAAGGACGCCUUCGCGUCGUGCGGCAGGCGCGGUUGCUAUGACGCCCGUGCUGCUUAGGAACGUGCGGCUGGAGUCUCCGGGAGCUUAGUGAGGCCCGGAUCCCCCGCGAUACCCUGCAAGAUAAAAUUGUAGGCCUUGUUCCUGAAGUUCCGACUCAUCCUAGAGGAGAAAAGCCUUCGUUCUCGCGCUUUUCCACCUUUCACGUCGUUGCGCUUCUCUGCCGAGGAUGGCCCGACACCACCGGAGGAGCGCCUUUCGGCUCGGCGUUUCUAGCCCCAGGUUGGAGUGAAUCUGCCCUGAGGAUUCUCCUGUUUUCCGGGACCCAGCUGCCGCAGGCAUCCAGGGUUAGGAUGCGGCUUUAUUUAGAGAGCGACUUAGGACACACUCUGUGAGUUAGGUUGCUUUUCUCCCCUUUCUCGCCGAAGAGGCCGCCCCUGACAGAUGCAGGCUCCCCCGAGGCCAGGCUUCACCAAGUCCGCCGAGGCACAGCCCCCACCAGCUUGUAGGCCCGGGAACAAAGAGCUGCCGUCUCCUGCUUUUGUGGCUGAUGUUCGUCUCGCAGAACCUUGAAUCCCGAUGAAGCCUUGGAGGCCCUUGGUAACCUCAGCGUCAGAGGUCAUCAAAUGAAACAUCAUGCAAACUAUGGAACUUAUCAAAAGAAAAAGAAGCCCUUCCCAUAGUUACGAAAAGGAACACGAACAGCUGAGCCGUAACUUUACAGAGCUCCAACUCAAACAGGAAGCCCAAAUAAAAGAAUCUGAAGAAGUGCUGUAUGAAGAAGGCUUGUCCAAAAUAGCCCUGAAUGGCCCCAGUGAGCAGAUUGCAUACCUACUGAUAGAAAGAAGUACAUUCUUGGAGAAAUCGGAACUUUCAGACUCCAAGUCAGAAUCUCAAAAACAUAUGAGCAGUAACUUACAGAAAGAAUUGCCUCAGUCUCGUCAUGAAGACCUGGAUGAAGAUAAAACAUCACAAAACUGCGUAGAGGGAGAUGCCGAGCACCCAGCGCACAGCGUGGGGGUGGCCCGGGCCGGGAGCCAGAGGCUCGCGAGCAGACUGCUAGCAAAGGACAAAGAACUGAGCCGCUUAGAUUCUGCACGUGAAAAAGCUCAACUAGAAAUCGGGAGUCUGAAAGCAAAUCUGAUAAAACAGAAAGAAAAUGAUACAAUUGACCUACAGAAAGCAAAAGAACAUAAUCAGAGACUGGAUGAGGAAAUUUUGGCAUUAAGAAGCCGGGUUCGAUCACUUGACUCAGAAAACAAAGCACUUGGAGAAAUGGUUGAAAAACUUAAAGCAGAGAUGUAUGAAUCUCCAAAGAACCAGCAGCUGGGAAACCACUCCCCUGAGAAAGCUGUGGGUGCUGAGCAGAGAGGGCAGUAUCUACCACCUGGAGAAAAGCUAAAACAUGAGCAGCAAGAGGAACUACAACAACUUCGCCAGAAUUUGCGUCGGCUCCAAAUUCUUUGCAACUCAGCUGAAAAAGAGCUUCGAUAUGAGAGAGGAAAGAACUUGGACUUAAAGCAACAUAAUAGCUUACUUCAGGAAGAGAGCAUUAAGAUCAAACUGGAGCUGAAGCAGGCCCAGCAGAAGCUGCAGGACAACACGAAGAUGUGCUACUCUCUCACGGCAGAGUGGAAGCACAGUCAGCAGAAGAUCAGAGAGCUGGAGCUGGAGAGCCUGAAGCAGGCACAGAGCAUCAGGUCCCAGAGCAGCCUGCAGGAGCAGCUGGCGCAGGAGAAAGCCAAGGUCGCCGAGGCAGAGGGGAAGAUUUUGGACCUGCAGCAGAAAUUAGAACACGCUCGUGACGUCUGUCUCACAGACACUUGUUCUUUGAGGAAGAAGCAACUAGAGGAAAAGGUCAAUGAAGCUACAGAAAACGAAGUGAAGUUAAAGCAGCAGUAUCAGGAAGAGCAGCAGAAGAGGAAACUCCUUGAUCAGGACAUAAAUGAACUACAAAGGCAAGUGAGAACCUUACAGGAGAAAGAGAGUCAACUGGAAAUGACCAGUUCUCAGCAACAAGAGGCCUUACUUAAGCAACUGGAAGACGAGAAAAGAAAAUGUGAUGAGCACAUCAAGAGCAACCAGGCUCUGUCAGAGAAGCUGUGUGAACUGCUGCAAGAAAAGGAAGCUCUGUGGAAAGAGCACGGGCGAUACCUGGAGCAGCUUGACAGGCACGUGAGAAACUGCAAUGAAAAACAUCACCACCACAAAACUAAGCUUCAGAAGGUCAAGGAUCGUUUAGUUCAUGAAGUAGAGAUACGAAAUAAGAGAAUUAAACAACUUGAAGAUGAAACUGGAAUACUGCAACAAAGAAUUAAAUCGGAGAAGGAAUUCCAGGACCAGAUCUUGGCCCAAAAUGAUAUCCUGCUCCUAGAAAAAAGGAAGCUUUUAGAACAAGUCCUCAAUCAAGAAGAAUUGAUCAUCAGCAACAAAAGCAUAAUCUCUUCAAUCCAAAACAAAGCAUUUUUCCUCGAUAAAGAAAAUAAACAACUUCAGGAAAAUCAUUUCCGUCUCAUGCAGCAAGUUGUCCUCUUAGAGCGCAUUUUGUGGAGCAUCCGGAUUCACAGAAGAGAGGAAACAAUUGGUGACAUUCCUGAGUUUGAAGUAUUGAAUAAAAUACUGCCUUUACCAAGCUCUAGUGCCUCAGGAAUAGGUUUGGUAGAGCCAGCUGGAAACAAUCGAGAAACCGAAGGACAUAAGCCAGAAGCAGCAGCAACAGGGCCAGAGUCCCCAGAGUCUCUUUCCCAUUCACAGAAUUCUGAAGCUGGAUAUAAGAAUGUGGCUUCUCUGAAACAGACAGACAGCAUACAAGAACAAGACCAAAAGUCCAAGCUAUAAAAGUACUGGUGUCUCAGACUAUACUGAUCAAAGCCUGCUAAUUUAAAGUUUGGACACAAAGAUGGAUUAUAAUAUGGAGAAGAGUUUCCACAUUUCUACUAGACAUUGACCAAGAGUCUUCAC